UCUAUCCUGAUUCCUUCCAUCAUCAUCAUCAUCGAUUCAUCAUCAUCAACUAAACCCCAGAGCAUGUCUUCUGCUUCUACUGACCACCUCGUUCUCUGCUUCCGGACUUCUCUACCCUCACCAUCAUCCUCUUCUUUCUUCACCCACAAUCAACCUAGACAUUUACCUGCAGGCUUUCUCAGGAACGAAGACAAAAGGGUUCUUCCCUUAAUAUGCAGUGCUAUUUCUAAACCUCACACUCGAUAUUAUGCACCCUCACCCUCAUUGCAUAAGAUUGUGGGAGAUGAUCCACCACAAAAGGAAGAAACUCCUCUCACCAAGAUCAUCAAGGAACACGUGGAGACCGUCAAGUCCAUGCUGUCUUCUAUGGAGGAUGGAGAGAUUAACAUAUCAGCGUACGAUACAGCAUGGGUUGCUUUGGUCGAAGACGUCAAUGGAACUGGUUCACCUCAGUUCCCUUCCAGCCUCGAAUGGAUUGCCAACAACCAGCUCGAAGAUGGCUCUUGGGGCUACAAGGACCUCUUCUCUGCUCACGAUCGACUCAUCAGCACACUCGCCUGCGUCGUUGCGUUAAAGUCGUGGAAUCUCCAUGCCGAGAAAUGCUUCAAAGGAAUGAAGUUUUUCAAGGAAAACCUAAACAAGCUUGCAGACGAGAACAGUGAGCACAUGACGAUAGGGUUUGAACUUACAUUCCCUUCUCUCUUGGAAAUAGCUCGAAGCUUAAACCUUGAAGUACCUGAUGACACGCCUGUGUUGCGUGAGAUCUAUGCCCGCAGAAGCCAGAAACUCUCAAAGAUACCGAAGGACGUACUGCACAAUGUGGCCACAGUAAUGUUGUAUAGCCUGGAAGGAAUGGCGGGUCUCGACUGGGAAAAGCUUCUGAAACUCCAGUGCGGAGACGGGUCGUUUCUGUUCUCUCCGGCGUCUACUGCCUACGCAUUGCAGCAGACGAAGGAUCGAAACUGCAUGUCGUAUCUUUCGAGACUAAUCCACAAGUUCAACGGAGGAGUCCCUAAUGUGUAUCCAGUCGACUUGUUCGAACGCCUGUGGGCAGUAGAUCGGUUGCAGAGGUUAGGCUUGUCCAGAUACUUGGAGCCGGAGAUUAAGGAAUGUAUGAACUACGCAUCAAGGUAUUGGACGGACAAAGGAAUUUCUUGGGCGAGAAACACAGAUCCUGCUCUAGAUAUUGAUGACACAUCAAUGGGUUUCAGACUUCUCCGGUUGCACGGGCAUAAGGUCUCGGCUGAGGUGUAUGAGCAUUUUAAGAAAGGGAGUGAGUUCUUCAGCUAUCCUGGACAAUCGAACCAAGCUGUGACUGCAAUGCACAACUUGUAUAGGGCAAGUCAGGUGGCAUUUCCGGGAGAGAAGAUCCUUGGGGAUGCUAAAGAGUUUGCGACUAAGUUCCUUAGAGAGAAACAGGCUUCCAAUGAGCUUUUGGACAAAUGGAUAAUAACGAAGGACUUACCUGGAGAGGUCGGUUAUGCGCUGGAUUUUCCAUGGUAUGCGAGCUUACCUCGAGUGGAGACUAGAUUCUACAUUGAACAAUAUGGUGGUGAAGACGAUGUUUGGAUUGGCAAAACUCUCUACAACAUGCCCCUCGUUAGCAAUAAUGUGUAUCUUGAGCUAGCAAUGCUUGACUACAACAAUUGCCAAGCACUACAUCUCAAGGAAUGGGACGGCAUUGAAAAGUGGUACAAAGGAUGGAAACUCGAAGACUAUGGAUUGAGCGAAAAGAGUCUCCUCACGGCUUAUUUUGUUGCAGCAGCGAGCAUUUUCGAAUCCGAAAGAGCUAAUGAGCGACUUGCAUGGGCGCAAACGGCAUGCCUAAUUGAUACAAUUGUGUCUUAUUUUAAGAAAGAAACUUAUAAUGAAGAUAAGAGGGCCUUCGUUGACGAGUUCAAAACAUUUUCCAAUAUGCGAGGCUAUGAAAAUGCUAGGAGGUCGUACACAAACAAGAAAGAAGGGCGAGGAAUUGUUCGGGCUUUGGUGGCAACCCUAAGCCAACUCUCAUCGGUUACGAUGGGGCUACAUCGCCAAGACAUUAUCGAAUCUCUAUGUCAUGCUUGGGAAAAGUGGCUAGUGAAGUGGCAAGAGAAAGGAGAGAGGUACGAAGAUGGAGCUGAGCUACUAGUGGAAACAAUAAAUCAAACUGCGGGACGUUCACUUAAGCAAGAGUUGUUGUCCAAUAAUCCAGAAUAUGAGCAACUUUUCAAUCUAACAGACAAAGUUUGCAAUCAACUUCAUUCCUACCGAAACCAAAAGAACAAGGUGAAUGAUAAUGGCAACUGCGUAAUGAAAAUCAACAGGAGAGCCCCAGAAAUAGAAUCAUACAUGCAGCAAUUGGUGGAAUUGGUGUUAGAAAAAUCUUCUGAUGACACAAAAUCCUUGAUUAAGCAAAGUUUUUUUACCGUAGCCAGAAGCUUUUACUAUUGUACCUACUGUGAUCCUGAGGUCAUUAGCCACCACAUCAACAAAGUACUCUUUCAACGAGCAACGUGA